AAAGGGUCUGGUUGUUCAGAGAGAAGCAAGACCGCUGCCCUUCAAAAAGUAUCAACGACUUUCACACAUUCCAGACGUUCGUGGAAGGAAGUCGACAAGAGCGAGGUGUCGACGAGCGCGGCGGCGGGCAGUGGUGCCCGGGCUCCCGCGUCCGCAGUGCCGGAAGCGGCCUCUAGGUGGUGCAGGUGAGUCUGCAGCGAGGAAAGCCCCCAGCAAGGACCAAGUCGGUAAACUCCAGAGGAGUGCAGCAAAGUUCCUGGGAGCCCUUCGAAACAGAAAGCUACUGGUGCUGACUGCAGAGGGGUGUGCCCGGUCCUCAGGACCCCUGCCGCUCUCGAGGACGUGCGCGCCGGCUUCUGAGAGCGCUGCCAGUGGCCGCCGGUGCACCUGGCCGCCCCACCGCGAACCCACCUCCCUUGGAGACCAGAAGCUGCUUUCGCGCGGGAGCCAGGUGAGGCCCGGGCUGAAGAUGGUCCCCGAGGAAGACUCGGCGUGGAUGCCCUGGCUCCCUGUCCUGGUGGUGUCCCUCGUGUGCUCGGCCAGGGCGGAGUACACCAACUGUGGGGAGAACGAGUACUACAACCAGACCACGGGGCUGUGCCACGCGUGUCCCCCCUGUGGACCAGGGGAAGAGCCCUACAUGUCCUGCGGCUACGGCACCAAAGACGAGGACUACGGCUGUGUCCCCUGCCCAGCGGAGAAGUUUUCCAAAGGAGGCUACCAGAUAUGCAGGCGUCACAAGGACUGCGAGGGCUUCUUCCGGGCCACCGUGCUGACGCCGGGGGACAUGGAGAAUGACGCCGAGUGUGGGCCCUGCCUGCCUGGCUACUACAUGCUGGAAAACAGACCCAGGAACAUCUACGGCAUGGUGUGCUACUCCUGCCUCCUGGCACCCCCCAGCGCCAAGGAAUGUGUGGGAGCCACGUCGGGAGCUUCUGCCCACUUCCCCAGCACCGCUGGCAGCAGCACGCUGUCUCCCUUCCAGCACGCCCACAAAGAGCUCACAGGCCAAGGCCACCUGGCCACCGCCCUGAUCAUCGCCAUGUCCACCAUCUUCAUCAUGGCCAUCGCCAUCGUGCUCAUCAUCAUGUUCUACAUGGUGAAGACCAAGCCCUCCGCCCCAGCCUGCUGCAGCAGCCACCCAGGGAAGAGCGUGGAGGCCCCCGUGAGCAAAGAGGAGGAGAAGAAGGAGUCUCCAGACAACGUGGUGAUUUUCUCGGAGAAGGACGAGUUCGAGAAGCUCACAGCAACUCCAGCCAAGACCACCAAGAGCGAGAAUGACGCCUCGUCGGAGAACGAGCAGCUGCUGAGCCGCAGCGUGGACAGUGAUGAGGAGCCCGCCCCGGACAAGCAGGGCUCCCCAGAGCUGUGCCUGCUGUCUCUGGUCCACCUGGCCCGGGAGAAGCCCGCCUCCUGCAGCAAGGCAGCCGGGAUCCAAAGCCGAAGGAAAAAGAUACUGGAUGUGUAUGCCAACGUAUGUGGGGUGGUAGAAGGUCUCAGUCCCACGGAGCUGCCAUUUGACUGUUUGGAGAAAACCAGCCGGAUGCUGAGCUCCACGUACAACUCCGAGAAGGCCGUGGUGAAAACCUGGCGCCACCUGGCCGAGAGCUUUGGACUGAAGCGAGACGAGAUCGGCGGCAUGACGGACGGGAUGCAGCUCUUCGACCGCAUCAGCACCGCGGGCUACAGCAUCCCGGAGCUGCUCACCAAGCUGGUGCAGAUCGAGCGGCUGGACGCCGUGGAGUCCUUGUGCGCGGACAUACUGGACUGGGCGGGGGCCGUGCCGCCUGCUUCCCAGCCCCCCAUUGCGUCCUGAGGAGCCCUGCCUGGGGACUGUCCUCCCUGGGACGAGCCUAGGAUCUGCCGAGGCCCUCGGGAGCCGUGAGCGGUGCCAACAGACUUCCAGGAUAGGAGAGGGCUUCUUCAUCAUGGCGCCGCACGCCCGAGGCUGCUCUGAGGAGCAGAAGGGAAGUGAGGCGUGUCCUGCAGUGUAACCACAGAGAAAGGAUUAAAGCCGGGUCCUUCCAGGGACCUCCCGGGGCGGGGGCAGAAUGGGAAUCUGCUCAUUCGCCGGCCAGCCCACUGUGAAUUCCUCGGGAGGCAGAAGUCCACGAACCACUUUGCCGGAGGCCACCACACCCAUUGAAUGAGGGCUGCAAACAGGAGGAAGGCGCCAUCUAAGGGGCACGUGGUGUCCCCCCCCCCCCCCAGCUACACCCCGGGCAGUCCAAGGCGGCCGCGCUCAGGAGGAAGCCUUGGUAAAACAGCCGUGAGAUGCCAGCCGCUGCUCCGGGUACCGACUCAGGUUCAGCGUGGUCUGUUCCUGUUGGUGGUGUCAGUGGGAUAUGUUACCUGUCCCGAGGGCACCCCAACUCCCAGGGGCCUUCCAGGCAAGGAAGGAGGAGCUCGCCCAUCCAUACCCAAGGCACCUAGCGCUGUGCGGUGGCCAAGAUCGUCAUGCAGGAGCCCCACACCCAGGAGCUGACAGGGUAGGCCUGACGCUCGGGGCCUUCGGCAGAGUACAGGAGUGACCAGCGCUGUCUAGAUACAGAGGUGGCCAGGUCCUAGGCGGACAGCCAGGCAUCCAUCUGGAGUGUGAGAUGGUGGAGGAGCCUCAGGGCAUGAGGGUCCAGCCGGUCUUGUGAGCUGGCCAAGGACAGCGGCUCCUGGGCUUGGGGUCCGGGGAGCAGGGCUCUGGCCGGGCCACUCGGCGCCAUUCCUCCUCUCCUCCCUCAGCCUCCGUUUGCAUUCUGCAAAAGCGCCAUUCCUCCUCUCCUCCCUCAGCCUCCGUUUGCAUUCUGCAAAUCAGAGGUUAGCCCAGGAGUCUGUGUAAGCAGGGAGCCGUUCAGGUGAGCCGAGACGCGGCAGAGCUGCAGGAAAGUCCAGGCCUUGACGCGUCCCGUGGGAGCGAACCCAGCAAAACUCACCGCUGGGUGCCCGCAGGAGCCGCAAGUGUGGGACUUCAGGCUUAAGAGGUGAAGUGAACAACCCAGCACUCUGGGCAGCCUCCCGGUUACACCUGGGCCGGCCACAGCCUGGUGGGGGGCUGAUGUGGACUUGCUGCCUGCAGAGUUCCCACGCCAGGCCCCCACCCCCCAACCCCGCGAUGGCUGCUAAAGGAGAACAGAGCACUGUGUUGAGAAUCACAAGUCCCAGGCCCGCGCCCAGAGGCUCCGGGGAAAUCGGGAAAUCGGUCAGAUGUUCAAAGGCAAUGAGCAAUUUCCGGCCGUGAGCGUAGGACACACUGGGGGGGGGGACCCUGGCGAGGUGCUGAAUGCGUAACCUCAGCAUUGACCGUGUCUGUGUGCUGCUGUGUUUUUUUUUUUUUUUCCCGAAUCUCUUUGGCAUCUCCUGCAAGCUAGAACUCCCCCACGAAGCUUAAUUAGCCCGCGAAUUCCUCCCUGGAUCCUGCGGCGCGCCUGCCCCUGCUUUGCGGCAACGCUGCUGCGAGUCUCCCCUAAGUACACGGCACACGGCACAGGCCGGGAGGAGCAGCUUCCUUCCUCCUCGGAACCGAGAAGCGGUCUGCAGGCCGGGAGGGGCCUCGCCCCCGCUCGGGCCACGGGCUCCCCUGGGCUUCCUAGGCAGCAAGUUCUUCUGGGCUCCGCGUCCCUCGGUCGUUUCCGGAUCUGCAAACAAAUCCCGGAGAGCUGUGCUCCCAGGAGUGUCCACAGGCCACAGGAUGCCGGGCGUGGCGUGCCUUUGUGACACCUGAACCAUUCAGAAGCUCCCCACCCCCUCAAGGCUAGGUGUGUGGCCAGUGAAGUCUGAAUUGUCAAUAUUUGUGUCUCAUUCUGUAUAGAUAACUUAUUCUAUUUUAUAAUCUCAAUAAACUUGCAGAUGAGCACU